UUUGCUUGGUCCGCGUGGCAAGCACGGAUGCCCACCAAUCGUCUCCUUCGUCGCCCUAAUUUGCUUAGACAAUUGAUUCUUCUAAGCUGCUUUUAUUUCAGCUGGCAUUAAAUUGCUGACCCUGCUACUUUCAGUUAGUUUUUGACAAGCUGCAGUUGAGGAAAAUUUCGAUCGAUCGGAUCAACUGAAGUCCUGCACGGAGCUUCCCAAUUGUAAUCGACUUGUGAAUUGGGAUUGCGUAUCAUAAUUGGCGUCGACGAUGGCUCUAGUAAAGGCCCAAACUCUCGUAUCCGAGAAUGCGGUGGUGGUUUUCAGCAAGUCAUAUUGCCCGUACUGUAUAAAAGUGAAGCAGCUGUUAUCGAGCUUGGGGGCUAAAAUGAAGGUCGUGGAGCUUGACGAUGAAAAGGAUGGAGACGAAAUUCAGUCAGCUCUAGCUAAGUGGACUAAACAACGCACUGUUCCAAAUGUGUUCGUCGGAGGGCAACACAUCGGUGGAUGCGAUGGUCAGUAUUUUUCUAAAAACUUUUGAGUUCUAUCAUCUUUAAUUGGUUAUUUACUAUCCUUAUUAACGCUUUCGACCUGGAAACUCCGCGUGGUACGAAAGCUGGAAUAGGGACAGGACGUUAGAGAGGUGGUUGUAAUUUUCAGAGGAGCUGCAGCUGCUAUAAAUCGUUCGUGCGAGGUUCAUUGUUGUCUGUCAGAUACUUGUGUGUUUGAAUGCCAAAGCUGCAUUAUGCAUGUGCAUUGAAGGAUUUGAGUCCACACUUUUGGUCGUCGCAGAUACGGUCUCCAAGCACAACGGUGGAAAGCUCUUACCAAUGCUGAAGGAAGCAGGUGCUGUGUAAAAUGCUUCAUUGGAUCUUUGUCACCAACAGGCAUGCAACAUGCUGUGAGCUGCCGCCAGAUGCUGUCCUCCAUGUAUCGAUUCGUCUGAAGAAAGCAAUAAGCUUUGGAUGUAUAUACUCUGUACUUAGUUUUAGUAUUUCAAGUUUAUUUAACAAGAUGAGGAGUUAAUAAAGUCUUGUUUUGGAUUUACUUCAGAUCAUGGGCAUUUAACAUCUAAUGAAACUAUUGGUACACAAGUUUCAGACGCAGUUCUGAAUCUUCAUUUUCACCGAUUCGUC